AUGACCACCUGCCACUCCCUUAGAUCUGUUGAUGGUGAGCUGGUUGGCGAUCCUCUUGACCUAAAGAUGUUCAGCUUCACCGGUUGGGAUUUCGAGGAAGGAGACCAAGGCACGGGAGAGCAUCAUGAUGAAGAUCAGGGUGGCAUUGCGCCGCCCAUCGCGAGACCCCCUCGCCACAUGCACUUGAAUGCUGGCACUGGCUUCGAUGUAUGCGUCCCUUCGCUCGAGCUAGGGAUAUUGAGGUCAUUCGAAUUUGUGCCCCAGCUUCGCCGGACUAGUGUUGUUGUAAGGCAUUUUGGGAAGCCGAGUGGUGACGUGUACACUAAGGGUGCGCCUGAAAGUCUCAAGGAAAUAUGCACGGCCAAGUCCUGUUCCACCCAAGAUCGUCAGGCCAUUCUGCAAUGGGAGAGUAUUGACAAUUCACUGUACCUGUUGAAUCGCGAAACUCUGACCCCCUAUCACCUGCCCGCUCAAUUGGAUGCCUCUUUGCCGUACGAUAUCAUGAAUGUUAGAAAUUACUCCAUAGCCGUUACUGGGGACAUAUUCCGUUGGAUCGUGGAUUUCGCGCCUGCCAUAGUGCUGCAACGACUCCUUGUCCAAGGACGUGUUUACGCCCGCAUGUCGCCUGAUGAGAAACAUGAACUCGUCGAAAAGCUACAAAGUCUUGGCUACUCGUGUGGCUUUUGUGGCGAUGGUGCCAAUGACUGUGGUGCGCUGAAGGCCGCCGAUGUCGGAAUUUCGCUCUCGGAAGCGGAAGCUUCCGUUGCUGCCCCUUUCACAUCAAGGAUUUUUGAUAUUAGUUGCGUACCUGAGAUCAUACGGGAGGGCCGUGCAUCACUUGUCACCAGUUUUAGCUGCUUCAAGUAUAUGAGCCUCUACUCCGCGAUCCAGUUCACCACGGUCAGCUUCCUUUACGCGUCGGCUUCAAAUCUAGGCGACUUUCAGGUGAGUCCCGUGAGCUCUCCUGAGUUGGGCCGGGCCUCACCCUACACUCUCUAG